CUACGGCAGUUCCCCAAACCGCCAAUAUCAUGGCAGCAGCGGUUACUACAAUCUCCAAAGCCCACCUCUCCUUACUUCCCACCAAACAAAAGCAGCAAAAAAAUCCUACCCGCAGGAAUCAAAAUCAUGGGUUUUUCUUCUUCAGAUCCUCUUCUAAAAGCCCUCCUUAUUUUUCUCUUCCCUUCAAUCUUCCUACCUCUGUCAGAGCAUCUCCAUUGCUUGACCAAACCCCGCCUCAAAAGUUGAAGAACCCCAACACAGAAAUCUGCCGAUUCUGCGAUUUGGGCGAUCUAAAAUCGGCCAUGAUCAUGUUUUCCAGCUCCGACCCAAGAAAAUCCCAGCUCGAUUCGAGCACCUAUUGCUCCAUCUUGCAGCUAUGUGCCGAUCUUAAAUCGCUACCCGAUGGCAGAAAAGUUCAUGCAAUGUUGUCUUCUUCCGGCGUCAAAAUCGACAGUGUUUUGGGUUCAAAACUGGUGUUUAUGUACGUUAAAUGCGGCGAUUUGAAAGAGGGGAGACGGGUUUUUGAUAGGAUUGAGAAAGCGAAUGUUUUCACCUGGAAUCUUGCCAUGAAUGAGUAUAUGAAGAAUGGGGAGUUUAGAGAAAGCAUUUCUCUUUUCAGACAGAUGCAAGAGUCAGGAAUUGAACCGAAUUCUUAUACUUUUUCGUGUGUUUUGAAAUGUUUUGCUGUUUUGGGGAAUGCCAGAGAAGGUGAAAGGAUUCACGGUUAUUUGCUGAAAUUGGGAUAUGGUUCUUAUAAUACAGUUGGGAAUGCUCUUGUGGCGUUUUAUUCAAAGAGCAAGAGAAUUGAAGCUGCGUACAAAGCAUUUGAUGAAAUGACUGACAAAGAUGUUAUAUCAUGGAACUCAAUGAUAAGUGGAUACGUUUUGAAUGGCCUUGCUGAAAAGGGUGUUGGAGUUUUCAGGCUGAUGCGGUUUUGGGGGAUUGAUGUGGAUUUAGCUACAAUUGUUAGCGUCAUGCCCGCCUGUACAGAAAUGGGAAUGCUUGAGCAGGGCAGGGCAAUUCAUGCUCACAUGAUAAAAUCUAAUUUUGGCGAGGAGAUUAAACUCAGUAACUCUUUAUUGGACAUGUAUGCGAAAUGUGGCAAUUUGGAUAAUGCGGUUCGAGUUUUUGAGAGGAUGAAUAAGAGGAGUGUGGUGUCGUGGACUUCGAUGAUAUCAGGAUAUGCUCGAGAUGGGAAGUUCAAUAAGGCAAUCAAAUUGUUUCGAGAAAUGGAAGCAGAAGGUAUUAAUCUGGAUGUGUUUGCAGUUACGAGUAUCCUUCAUGCAUGUGCUUGUAAUGGUUCGAUAGAGCAUGGUAAGGACAUCCAUGAUUAUGUUGUGAGAAAUGACUUGGGAUCAAAUCUUUUUGUUGCCAAUGCCCUUUUGGACAUGUAUGGAAAAUGUGGAAGCAUGGCAGAUGCUAGACUGGUUUUUGAUGAUAUGCCCAUCAGGGACAUUGUUUCAUGGAAUACCAUGAUUGGAGGUUACUCAAAGAACUGUCUUCCCAACGAAGCAUUUGGUUUGUUUAUUGAAAUGCAGCUUGAAUUGAAGCCGAAUGGUGUGACCAUCGCCUGCAUCCUUCCCGCUUGUGGCAGUCUGUCAGCUCUAGAGAGAGGUAGAGAGAUCCAUGGUCAUAUUCUUAGAAAUGGGUUUUCCUCCGAUGGUUAUGUAUCCAAUGCUCUCAUUGACAUGUAUGCGAAAUGUGGAGCACUAGUGCUUGCACGUUUGCUCUUUGAUAGGAUUGCUAAAAAGGAUCUUGUCUCAUGGACCGUGAUGGUCGCCGGAUAUGGCAUGCACGGGCAUGGGCAACAUGCCAUUGUAGUCUUCAAUCAGAUGCAAGAAAUGGGCAUCAAGCCAGAUGAAGUUUCUUUUAUUGCCAUACUAUAUGCUUGUAGCCAUUCAGGCUUAGUCAAUGAAGGGUGGAGAUUCUUCAAUGUCAUGAGAAAUGACUGCAAAAUUGAGCCCAAAUUGGAGCAUUACGCUUGCAUGGUGGAUCUUCUAAGUCGUGCUGGGCAUCUAAGCAACGCAUAUAAGUUCAUCGAAUCGAUGCCAAUCAAGCCAGAUUCGACUGUUUGGGGUGCAUUGCUUUGUGGUUGCCGAACCCACCAAAAUGUGAAACUGGCAGAGAAAGUAGCAGAGCACGUUUUCAAAUUGGAACCAGAGAAUACGGGGUAUUACGUGCUCCUAGCCAAUAUAUAUGCAGAGGCAGAAAAAUGGGAUGCCGUGAAGAAAUUGAGAGACAGGAUUGGCAGCCGCAGGUUGCGAAAGAACCCCGGCUGCAGUUGGAUAGAAAUCAAGAACAAAGUCCAUGUCUUUGUAGCGGGGGACUGUUCACACCCACAGUCAAAGAAAAUACAAUCAUUGUUAGAAAGGGUGAGAGUGAGGAUGAAAGACGAAGGGUACGUUCCAAAGAAGAGGUACGCAUUGAUUGAUGUGGACGAUGCGGGGAAGGAGGAGGCUCUUUGUGGGCACAGUGAGAAGCUGGCCAUUGCUUUUGGUAUCUUGAAUUCGUCAUCUGGAAAGCCAAUACGGGUCACGAAGAAUCUAAGAGUGUGUGGUGACUGUCACGAAGUAGCCAAAUUUGUUUCCAAGAUGGUCGGGCGGGAGAUCAUCUUGAGAGAUUCUAAUCGGUUUCACAAUUUUGAGGAUGGGCGGUGUUCAUGCAGAGGAUAUUGGUGAACCAAGUGUAGGAUUCAAAAUCUGUCCAACUGUUGUCGUUGGAGCUUCAAAUGAUGAGAGUGACUGGCACAUGCGGCAGCAUGGUGCAUGACUAGUGAUUAAGAACAACAAGGUAUGCAGUUCGCGUGGAAUAGCAAUGCAUACAGUUCAAGCAGUAAGUUGUAUAGAUUGGUGAGCGUAUGUUGCAAAAUGGCAACCAUGUUUUGAUUAAGGGUUGCUUUUGAUUAUCAACAUCAUUUUUAGCACAAAUGUCUGAACAAAAAUUGAAUCCAACUUAGUGCCUA